UCUCUGCAUGUAUAUAAUGCUGACUGGGAAAGAGUCAAACACUCUGGACUGUGGAAUAGCUCCACCGAAAACAAGGAUAGUGGGUGGUCAGAAUACCACUGCUGGGUCAUGGCCAUGGAUGGUCAGCAUGCACCUUGGAUUGGGGGGGAAUAACCAACACAUCUGCGGAGGGACUCUAAUCAGUGACCAGUGGGUUCUCACAGCAGCUCACUGCAUCGUAACAAAUUCACUUAGCGCCUGGACUCUCUACAUGGGAAGAGACACUCAGAGUGGCCCUAAUGUUAAUGAAGUGAGCAGCUCGGUGUCCCAGAUCAUUGUUCAUCAGGACUACAACAACACCUUAUUUAACAACGACAUAGCCCUCAUGAAGAUUAGCAGUCCAGUCAGUUUUACUAACUACAUCCGACCUGUCUGCCUGGCGAGUAACUCAAGUCAAAUCCACAACUCCACUUCUUGCUGGGCCACUGGCUGGGGCAGGCUGGGAAAGGAUGAGCCCAACGUAGCCUUUAAUGUUCUCCAGGAGGUUCAGAUUCCUGUCAUCGGAAAAAAACAGUGCACUUGCAACUAUCUUGCAGAACCACUAGCAAACAUCACAGACCAAAUGAUUUGCGCUGGACAGGAGAACAAAGGAGUGUGUCAGGGGGACUCUGGUGGACCUUUGCAGUGUGAUCAAGGCUCAGUAUGGAUCCAGGCAGGCAUAGUUAGUUAUGGAGUACCCUGUGCCCUGGCUGGAUUCCCUGAGGUUUAUGCCAAAGUUUCUGAAUUCGAGACAUGGAUCAUGGAUCGAGUAGCUGGGGCGAAUGUUAGCUUUGUGACAUUCACCUCCAGUGGCACCGACCCAGACAUCAAUUUUUUGUGUAGAAAUACAACGACAGUAACUCCAGUCUCCGGGGCAUCAGCAAGUGCUGUUGAGAUAACAUUAGUUGCCAUUGCAACUCUUUUCCAGCUUCACAGUGUAGCUCCAUAGAAUUGCUUGCACUUUUUCAUGUAUUCUUAUUCUGUAUAGUGUUGUGUUAUAACUGAAUGAUUAAUGUACUUAAGUUCUGGAGUGGUUUUAGUGUUGUGUUAUAACUGAAUGAUUAAUGCACUUAAGUUCUGGAGCGGUUGAGUGUUUGUUACUUUUCUUCUGCAUUGCAGUUAAAUAUUAAGUUUUUUAUUAUUUUAAUGACUUAAACACUAUUUAAGGCAUCUUGUAUGAUUUACUGUUUGUUUAUAUGUGAUCAGUAGUACU